UAAUCAUUCGUAAAAAUGUCGGGUAGGGCACGGGAUAAUUGUAAAAUCUGUGGACGAAAUUGCAGGAGGACUUUAUCAGGUGGACUUAUAUGGAGGAGGGAGGAUGUAUUGAGGGUAAGCCAUUGUUAUUUGACAGACAUGAUGAUGAGUUUCACGUUGGCGCCAUUCUCAGUGACCCUGUUGAGGCCCACGAUAAGAAGCAGGAGUUUGCUCAGCUUUGAAAUCCCUACAAAGAAAAGCGGUAGCUGUGUUGCUCCUGUACAAGAAGACACACACUUGUCUCCAUUUACCAGAUGUUGCUUUGCACCUCAUGCUAUUCGAAAAUGCAGAGACAUAUCUGUGGAGAAGGAGAAGGAGAAGCAGAGGGUUUCCCCUUGGGUGGAAAUGGUUUUGCUAGGGUUAGGGGCGUGGAUAAUUGUGGGAUCAACAGAGGCAGCCUGGGCAUUUGGACCAGAGGGCUCUGGUCCCCUUGUUGAGGAGUUUUGGGAAAACAUGAGGAGAUACGGCCUCUACUUCUUCACAGUGGGGACAGGUGCACUCUACACCAUAUUGAAGCCCAUCUAUGACCUCUUGAAGAGUCCCGUUUCUGCAGUGCUGGUUAUUGUUAUUCUCUCUGCCUCCUUCUAUCUCCUUUACCUUGUGUUAAGUGCCAUGAUAGGUCUUUCAGACUUUUCAUACCAAUAUGCCUCCUAACAACUCUACACUACUGUUUUCUUCGAAGGCUAUUGGGUAAAAUGAUGUGGAGAUUUUCACAUCAAUGUUUUGGAUCACGCUAUGUGAUCCAUGGCCCAUCAUCUUAAGCCCAAGGAAUAGAGAUGGCAGAUUUUAGUUUUGUUAAAACUACAUUUACCCACAUAGACUUGUAAAUACUAUUGCAAUUCUCUUUCUUUUUUUCCUUCAAUGCUGCUUUGCUUCUGAACAAUA